AUGGCAGUAACUCUCACAAACGCUCCAUCUCUCAUCGAACAUGGUGGUAUCAAGUUUUUAAUUUCUGAUGCUCCAUCCGAUACUAAUAUUCAUCUUUACGUUAAGGAAUUUAAACAAAAUAAUGUGACUCACUGUGUCAGAGUUUGCCAAGCAACCUAUGAUAAGGAAGUAGUUGAACGAGCAGGUAUUAAAUUCUUUGAUUGGGCUUUUGAUGAUGGUUCUUCUCCACCAAAGCACGUUAUCCAAGAUUGGUUGGAUCUUGUUGAUAAAGUAUUCCCACCAAAAGAAGGAGAUUCCGAUGAUCUUCCUUGUAUUGCUGUUCACUGUGUUGCUGGUCUUGGUAGAGCUCCUAUUCUUGUAGCUUUGGCACUUAUUAAACGAUGCAACAUGACAGGAUUAGAAGCAGUUCAAUUCCUCCGAAAGAAGAGAAGAGGAGCCAUCAACAAGAACCAACUUGAUUUUAUUGACAAAUUCUACAAGCAAAAGAAGUCUUGCAUUAUCUGUUGA